UUUUGUAUAGCCUUGAAAGUUGGUGUACAGCACCGUUUAAGCCACCCGGUUGGUGGAAGGUGGAUGUUUGUUCAUCGGGAACACAACGAAGUGAACGGGGUAUGUUAGUCGACAGCUGUAUGAUAAUGAGCUCCCGCGCGUCGCUGAGUACCGGCACGUGCCACAGAAGGCGCGAGCUCGACAGAGAAAGCGUCCGCGUGCUGCGUUUGACAGGAGCACUCGGUGAAACUAUGCACUCGCGCAGUGCAGAAGGAUCUCUGCGGAAUCUUCAGAAACUUAAGGAACGUGGCGGUUCAAUUAUUUAUUUGUUUUAUGUCACGUUAGGCGAUUUACUUUUUAUUUUAGUUUGCAAGUCAAACCAAAUAAUUUUGUGGUCAAUAUGCUUCUGGAUUCCGCGUUCGUGAAGAUGAGGAUGUUCGAAAGACUUCAUUGUAAACUGGACUUCUCCUAUGAUGACACUAAGGUGGAGUUCAACGUUGACGCUCCUAAUGGCGUGGUCAUGGAAGGAUACCUGUUCAGGGCCAGCAAUGCCUUCAAGACCUGGAACAGGCGAUGGUUUUCCAUUCAAAACAGCCAACUGGUUUACCAAAAGAAACUCAAGGACUCUCUGACCGUUGUGGUGGAGGACCUGAGGUUAUGUUCUGUCAAGCCAAGCGAGGACAACGAGCGGAGGUUCUGCUUCGAGGUGGUCUCACCUACAAAGAGCUGUAUGCUGCAGGCCGAGUCUGAGAAGCUGCGUCAGGCAUGGAUUCAGGCGGUGCAGGCUAGCAUAGCCUCUGCAUACAGAGAGAUCACCGACAACUACUACAUAGAGCGCCUGGCCCGCACCGCCUCGCCCUCCACCAGCAGCAUCGACUCGGCCAGUGAGCCCCGGGAGGGGGAGAGCCUCCUCCAGAGGGUGCAGAGUCUGCCCGGCAACGACCUGUGCUCGGACUGCAGCCAGACGGCCCCCUGCUGGGCCUCCAUCAACCUGGGGGUGCUGCUGUGCAUCGAGUGCUCCGGGAUCCACCGGAGCCUGGGCGUCCACUGCUCCAAGGUGCGCUCCCUCACGCUGGACUCCUGGGAGCCAGAGCUACUCAAGUUGAUGUGUGAGCUGGGCAACACUGUGAUCAACCACAUCUACGAGGGCACCUGCGAGGCUCUGGGCGCCAGGAAGCCAGGACCCACCAGUUCAAGGCAGGAGAAGGAGGCCUGGAUCAAGGCCAAGUACGUGGAGCGGCGCUACCUGAAGAAGAUGAGCGGCAGCGAGGCAUUGGUGGAGGGGGAGAGGAAGUCCCGCCCCUGGACGGUGAAGAAGUGCCCGCAGCACCGCAGCUCCCUGCGCGCGCCCCACAAGGCCCGCAGAAAGUACCACCGCUACGACCCCAGCGGCCCGGCCCCCGCCAACCUCUCUGCAGCAGCGGCGGCCGCGGCGGCCAAGUUCCGUCGGGACUCUCUGUUCUGUCCCGAUGAGCUGGACUCCCUGUUCUCCUACUUUGACACCGGCUCUGGGCCUCGCAGCCCGGCAGGCCUGAGCAGCGACAGCGGCCUGGGAGGAAGCACUGACGGCAGCACUGACAUCGUCUUCGGCGCCGUGGUGGACAGCGUCACGGAGGAGGAGGAGGAGUCGGAGGAGUCGUCCAGCGGGGACGUGGAGAUCGAGCAGGAGGUGGCCUCCGACCCAGAGGACCCCCGGGAGCUGCACCCCGGGGCCCUGCUCCACCGAGCCUCCCGCCUCCACAACCUGCCGCUCAUGGCCGAGGCGCUGGCGCACGGCGCUGACCUGCAUGCCCCCGGCGAGCAGGAGCACGGCAGGACACCGCUCAUCGAGGCCGUGGUGGGGGGCUCUUUGAUAGCGUGUGAGUUCCUGCUCCAGAACGGGGCUGACGUGAACCAGAGGGACAUGCGGGGGCGGGGCCCGCUACACCACGCCACCAACCUGGGCCACACCGGGCAGGUGUGCUUGUUCCUGAAGAGAGGGGCAUCGCAGUCAGAGGUGGACGAGCAAGGUCACGACCCUUUGAAUAUCGCUGUCCAGGCUGCCAACGCAGAUAUCGUCACCUUGUUGCGUCUGGCGCGGAUGAACGAGGAGAUGCGCGAGGCCGAGCCGCCGCUGGGCCAGCCAGGUUACAUCACCCGUGUUGACGUCUUUCGCCAGUUUUCUCUCCUCGCGUCGUUACGGCCCGAAAAGCUCCGGAGAAGGAGCCUUCAAUUCAGCCGCAGCCAGGAAACAACCUAGCGUCCCGAGCCAACCAUAACCAAGUGACUUGUUAGUCACGUGAUGAAAGGAUUGAUAUCAUGCUUUUUCCAAUUUUCCCUUUGCUUAAGACUGUUAUAUGACGUAUGUAAACAUGUUUUACGUCUGCUAAGCUCGAACUAUCUAAGUCCGAGCCAGGGGGAGUAUCCACCGAGAGUGCCCCUAAAUAAGUGUGUGAAACAGCUUGUUUGCGCUCAAACCUUACUGCUGUAACAGUGUGACGUCAGACACAGUGUAAACAUGGUGCAGUGGGCGCUGCUGAAGUGCCGAAGUCACAGACACAUGCACAAAGAGUUUGAACCAAUCACAGGAGAAUGAUUUCGAAAGACGCUGAUAUUGUUUUUUCCGAAUGAACAGUGUAAGAAUAAUAAGGGGUAUUUCUAACAUACAGGCAUGUAACCCUAUUCUAGUAGUAUCCCCAAAGGCAAUUCUUAACCCUAAAAAAGAUAUGAUAUGGGAUCUUUAAAUUAUAUGGGAUCUUUAAAUCAGACUAAACUACUGAAAGAAGACAAGACCAGGUGAGAUGAGUAGGUAGGUAGGAAGGAGGCUUAAAGACACGUUUGGAAUGAUUCUUCAGCCUCAAAUUAUUUUCUGUGAGAGUGUGAGUCAAGGUCACAAGAUUGAGAACUUGUAUAGCAGGUGGAAUGUAAUUUGUAAAUAUAAUGCCUCCAUUUUGACAGACCUAUUUGUUUAUAGCUUUUAAAGCAGGUGUUUGACAAUUAAAGCUGUAUAGUUUUCCCAAGGAAGUCAGUUCUCUUUCGUCUAAAAUUCAAGAUUUUAACAUUUUAGAAAAUACUUCUUGCAUUUUCGAAACACUGGAAAUAAUUUAUUUGUUUGACAAUACAUGCAUUUACGAACAAAUGCUAAAUUAUGUAAGACCAUUUCUAUAUUUUGUGUGUCUAGAUAAUGUUAAAAUAAAUUAUUUUUGCAUUCUA